GAAAAUGUUCUUAAUCAUAUCUUAGAGUGACAGAAGCUCUUUUUAACACGAUUAUUUCUGAGAUUAUUUUGUUCAUUUAGGAAAAUAGAGAAGACUUAAGUUUUGUUCUCAAACAAACUGAGGCUGCGUCCACAUGUACACGGCUAUUUUUGAAAGCGCAGCUUUGUCUCUGCAUUCGGGCCUUUUGUCCACACCUAAACAGCAGAUUGAGUCACUGAAAGGUGAGAUUUUUUUAAAACUCCUGCCAGGGUGGGGAUUUUUGAAAACGACGUUUUUGUGUUUAGGUGUGGACGAGGAAAACGGACAUGUGGACUGGAUUUUUUUUUAAAUGAAAAAGGAAAACGUCCGUUUUCAAACAUAGCCGUUCAAAAUGAGUGGAAGUGGAGAUGGAUUUCAAACUAACCGUAACGGCCAACAGGUUAAUCCACAAUCAAUUGCAAGUGGAGAUCAGGAACCUGCUCAUCAACCAGCUAACCGGCGAGCUAACCGACGAGCUAACCGGCGAGCUAACCGACGAGCUAACCGACGAGCUAACGAAGAUAUCGGUGGACUCCGGGGCUUCGCGAACGAUCUUUAUCUUGCUCUUCGUGAUAUUUAUUUGUUUCUGGAUAGGCUAAUAGCUUCAGUACUGGAACAAUAUGACAAUUACCUUUACAAUGACACUGACGCUGACGAUGACACUGACGAUGACGAUGACAAUGACAACAACGUCAAUGUUCAAAAUAUUAAUGUAAGGGAAUUUAAUGCUAAUGCUGACAACAACGAACAGCAUGAGGAUCAUAAUGCUGUGGUUGUUGUUGGCAUUGAAAAUGAGGAUUCGGAUGAGGCAUUUGAAGACUGUGUGGAUGUUGACCAGCACAUCCCAGAAGACGACCCUCAGCCAGGUGUAUCCAGGAGGAGGUCUAGAGAGAUGGAUGAAGAAGAAGAUGUGGAACCAAACAAAAGAAUCAGAUGGAGCGAGGAGUUUUCUGAUGAUGACUCUGACUUCUUCUCUGCUUGUGACACUGAUAGCGAGAGCUGUCCUCGUGUAGGUAAUAUUGCCGAUGAGGACAUCAGUCAGCAGUCAACAGAAGAAGAACCGCAGCCUGGUGGAUCCACGAAAAGGUCCAGAGAGGAAGAUGUUGAUGAAGAAGAGCGUGAUAGCAAAAAAUCCAGGCUUGCACACUCUGAUUCGGGGACCAGCUCAGCUGUGUACGACCACUCUGAGAGCAGCAGUGAUGAACUUUUUGAAGAUGCACACGAAGAGCUUGGCAACCAUGAAGGUGGAGGCUCGAGGAAGUGUUCCGAGAGGAUUUUGAGGAAGAAGAGGAAUACUUGCCUGUAUGCAAAUUUCGGAGGUGUUCAACUGAGUCCAGCAGCAGCAGUGAUGAAGACUAACACCAUUUCGACGGGUUUCUUCAGUAUCCUUUUAGUAGGCUGAUGGCCUACUCAGGUGACCCUGAAUCCUCCAUGCUGCAAUAAGCUGGGCAUACACUGUGCUGCAAUUUUUUCAGUCGCGUUAUUCAGCUCCUGGUCAAACUGUACGAUUGACUCACAGGGAUGAGAAGUUUGUGCCUCCAUCGCUCGUGUCCAGAUCACACGCUGCACCGCCGUUCUGCUCCGUCUUUUCACACUCAUUUCUGCGUUUGCGCGUGCGCAGUGUAAGACGCUGCGGUGACGCCCUCAGGACGGCCGACAGGAUUUCAAACAGGUUUGAUUUUCUUACGAGCAAACGAUUGAUGAUCGGGAGCUGGUCGAGAAGUGUUAAUCGCUUCUCGUUACCCCAUGUAGACGAUGCACGACACACGAUCCUCCAAACGGUCGCACGACUGAAAAAUCGGCUCAAAAUGGGCUAAAAAUCGCACAGUGUAUGCCCAGCAUUAGGCUGCCGGGGGAUUCCCAUGAUGCACUGGGUGUUUCUUCUUCACCCACUAUGUUUAAUAGACCUCUCUGCACUGAAUCGUACUUGUUAUUAACCUCUGUCUCUCUUCCACAGAAUCUCUUUAUCCUGUUUUCCUUGCCCCUCCCCAACCGGUCGAAGCAGAUGGCCGCCCCUCCCUGAGCCUGGUUCUGCUGGAGGUUUCUUCCUGUUAAAAGGGAGUUUUUCCUUCCCACUGUCGCCAAAGUGCUUGCUCAUAGGGGGUCAUAUGAUUGUUGGGGUUUUCUUUGUAAGUAUACCUUACAACAUCAAGUGCCUUGAGGUGACUGUUGCUGUCAUUUGGUGCUCUAUAAAU